UCCGUGCCAAAUUGGGAAAGCAUAGCUUUGAAUUGUAACCCAAAAGUAGUUAAUUCUAUAGUGACAGCAGUUAUGGGGAAAUCAUAUUCAUGAAUGGAGCGGGCAGCUGGUGAGCAUAGCUCGGAAUUGUGACACUAGUUAUGGAGAAAUUAAAUACAUCAAUGGACGCAUCAGCAAGUAGCUGGAUAUCUGAUUUGCUUUUGGAGGAAAAGGAUGAUUGCAAUUUGUUUCGACAAUGCCACCAGGACUUGCUUGAUGUUGAGGGUUUUCUAUCGCACGACAUAGUAAGUGCCCUGCAGCAACCUUUGUCUUCGGAAGGCUACUCUUGUUACACUUCCAAUUCCGAAACUUUCAAGAAUUCAUCUACAGAAGAAACGAGUUUGGAGAGGCCCACCAAGCUGCUUGUAACGAAUAGCUAUAGUUGGAACUCGUCCACCAUCAUGGAACACUUUUCACCGAAUCUUUCUCUCGUGUCCUUUCCUUCUUCUCCCACCUCCCAGAUUCUGUCUUUUGAGAACUCCAACUCCAACUCAUCCCCUGCCAACACCACCCUGUUUCAUGGUUUUCAUUGUACCUUAAACCCAAAACAGAACGAGGUUGUCUCAGUGUCACCGCCACAACCGCGAAAUGUGAAUUUCACGACUCAAACCCAAAAAGGGUCAUCAAAAAAACAAAAAAUUGAAACUAAAAACCCCCAAAGCCAAGGGACUGUGAGGUCUCCCACCAACGUUCAAGAUCACAUCAUGGCCGAGAGAAAAAGAAGAGAGAAGCUCAGCCAGAGCGUAGUUGCUCUUGCAGCUCUUAUUCCCGGCUUAAAGAAGAUGGAUAAGGUUUCAGUCCUUGGAGACGCUAUUGAGUACGUGAAAAAGCUCCAAGAGCGUUUGAGACUGCUCGAAGAACAGCGCAACAAAAGAGCGGUAAAUUCUAUGGUUAUAGUCAACAAUGAUUCCUCCUUAUGUGAGAGCUUUGACGCUGCUAGUUGUUGUGAAGCACGCCCACACGUGAAAGCGAGAGUGUUAGAGAAGGACGUGCUGCUUCGGAUCCACUGCCCCAAGCGAAAGGAUAUUUUGCCCAAAUUACUGGUCGAGAUUCAAAACCUUCGUCUCUUUGUUCUCAGUAGCAGUGUCCUACCUUUCGGGGAUUCUAUCCUUGACAUAACCAUCGUUGCUCAGAUGGGCACAGGCUAUGACUUGAGCAUAAAUGAUCUUGUAAAAAAGAUACGGGUGGCUACAUUGAAAUUCAUGUCAUAGCAGGAACGUGGUCCCAGAUCUGCACCGGUGCACGUUCCCAAACAUUGAUUCAACUCAGAAGCUGAUUCAAUUGCUGC